CUCUUUCCCUGUCCUUGUGAUAUAUAUAUCAAUGGUUGUAUAACAUAGACUUUUCACGAAACCCAGAGUUGGUUUUUGUUUGGUGGCUAUUGUUGCCUUGUUAUUAUUCUCCUUUUCUUUCCUUUUUUCUCUCUCCCCGUACUCGAAACCGAUAACAUUUUUUAUUAAUAUACAAAACAAAAAACAAAAAUCAACCUGGAGAGGAGAAAAGGGAAAGUGAACCCAAUUGUGAGUAGCAUAAAAGAAACGUUCCGGCUCAAAACGAUGCCGUUAAAUAUAGUACAUGAGGCUGAAGGGUUCCCCCGAAUCAUAUUGACAGAGCCAAGUGGGUCUUCUGCCGAGGUGCUUCUACAUGGAGGACAGGUUGUUUCUUGGAAGAAUGAUAGAAGAGAAGAACUGCUAUUUAUGAGCAGCAAGGCAAUUUGGAAAACAUCAAAAGCCAUAAGGGGAGGUAUACCAGUUUGCUUUCCACAGUUUGGGAAUCUGGGUUCGCUCGAGCAACAUGGAUUUGCGAGGAACAGGUUAUGGUCAUUGGAUAAUGACCCUUCUCCUUUGCCUGCAGCUAACAAUCAGUCAACAGUGGAUUUGGUCCUCAAAUCCUCAGAAGACGAUUAUAAGACCUGGCCACGCAGCUUUGAACUGCGCCUUCGCAUUACUCUUAGUGCUGGAAAGCUCACACUGAUCCCUCGAGUGAGAAACUUGGAUAACAGGCCAUUCUCUUUUACAUUUGCACUGCGUAAUUACUUGUCUGUGUCUGAUAUCAGUGAAGUGCGUAUUGAGGGCUUGGAGACGCUAGAUUACUUCGAUAAUAUGAUGCGCAGAGAAAGGUUCACAGAGCAGGCUGAUGCAAUUACAUUUGAUGGCGAGAUUGAUAGAGUGUAUCUGAGCACCCCAACAAAGAUUGCCAUUAUAGAUCAUGAGAAGAAGAGAACCUUUGUCCUCAGGAAGGUUGGCAUGCCCGAUGCAGCUGUGUGGAAUCCUUGGGACAAAAAGGCCAAGGCUCUUUCUGAUUUGGGUGAUGAGGACUAUAAAACCAUGUUAUGUGUGGAUUCUGCAGCUGUGGAAAACUCAAUUGUCUUGAAACCCUUUGAAGAGUGGAAAGGCCAUCAAGAGAUCUCUACUGUUUCAUCAAGCUACUGCAGCGGGCAGCUGGAUCCUAGCAAGGUUCUUCGUGGCUUUCGCUGAUCUGUACGGCCCUAAAGAUGGCGUGCUAUGCCUGGCCGGUUGGCCCCCCUUUUCAAUAGAUGAGGUUAGGAUGAAAGAGCCUUGCUUUCACUAAUAUUUCAAGUGAAGGUUCAUAGCCAGAAGUUUGACAGUAAUUUAUGUGAGUUGUUUUAUUUAAUUAUGUGCAUACACUUGCUUGUUCAUCUACCACCAUUGUAGCCGUACUUGGGAUUUUCUUGGAGUGAGGAUAAAUUAGAUGCAAGGCUAAUAAUAUGUGAUAAUGUUCUUGGCCGAAUCCACCAUAGAGGUUGAGCUACUGAAACAUUUUUGCAUGCUGCAACAUUUGUAAUGGCGUGGAAUACCCGUCUUGUAUCAAAAUAUUGUAAAAUGAAUGACCUUUAUUAUUAUUAUUAUAUAUUAUUGCCCUUUUA